GAAGAGGAGGAGGAGGAGGAGGAGGAGGGGGAAGUAGCAGCAGUAUGGGUGCUUACCUGUCGCAACCCAACACGGUGAAGAGCUCCUGCGAGCAAUGCACCGACAAAUUCGGCUUUGGCGUCUCGGCCAUGCAAGGCUGGAGGGUCUCCAUGGAGGAUGCCCACAACUGUAUCCCUGAAUUGGACGAAGAAACUGCUAUGUUUGCAGUUUAUGACGGACAUGGAGGUGAAGAAGUGGCACUAUACUGUGCAAAGUACCUGCCUGAUGUCAUUAAGAACCAACAGGCUUAUAGGAAUGGAAAAUUGCAGAAGGCACUGGAGGAUGCCUUUCUGUCCAUAGAUAGCAAGCUUACAGAGGAGCUAGUCAUCAAGGAACUCGCCCAAAUUGCAGGCCGACCCCAGGAGGAUGACGGCGAGAAAGUUGCUGACGAAGAUGAUGUUGACCAUGAGGAGGCUGCACUUUUACAUGAAGAGGCUACAAUGACAAUUGAAGAGUUACUCACCCGAUAUGGACAAAAUCAGAACAGUGCCAAACAUGCAAAGAGCAAAACUUCCCCCAAUGUCAAGAAACCUCCACCCAAAGAUGGAGAUAAAAACAAAACUGAAAAGGAGAUUAAUGGAGAGCUGGAGAGCAGUGAAGUGGGCAUGGGUGAGAUAAAAAGCAAAAACGGGAAAUCAGAGGGGACCGUGGGAAUCUCCUCGAGCUCUGAUUGCGGAGGUGAGGAAGCUGGACUGGCGAGUGGGGAUAGCACUACUGGAUCUGGUUCAGAUAAAGAAGCUCCCAAAGCCAGCAAGGGCACCGCUGAAGAGGCUGUUGUGUCAUCAUCCACAGCUGAUGCUGGACCAUCCUGCUCAUCAUCUGCCAAAUCACAGCGGGCAGCCAAGUCAGUCUUCUUUGAGGACAGUGAGGAUGAAUCCGAAGAAGCAGAAGAGGAAGACAGUGGAGAGGAUUGCAGUGAAGAGGAGGAAUACAGUAGUGAAGAGGAGGAGGAAGAUGAGGAGGAGGAAGAUGAAGAGCAAGAUGACAGUGAUGAAGCAGAAGAGGAAGAUGAUAUUAUGUUGCCUGGAAUGGAUGGUAAAGAGGAGCCUGGCUCAGACAGUGGUACGACAGCUGUUGUGGCACUGAUCCGUGGGAAGCAACUGAUAGUGGCCAAUGCAGGAGACUCCCGGUGUGUUGUUUCGGAGAAUGGCAAGGCUAUUGAUAUGUCCUAUGAUCACAAACCAGAAGAUGAAGUGGAACUGGCUAGAAUCAAGAACGCUGGUGGAAAAGUUACUUUGGAUGGGAGAGUCAAUGGAGGGCUAAAUCUCUCUCGAGCAAUAGGUGAUCAUUUCUACAAGAGGAAUAAGAACCUUCCUCCAGAGGAACAGAUGAUCUCGGCACUUCCUGAUCUCAAGGUGUUGACAUUAAAUGAUGACCAUGACUUCAUGGUGAUUGCUUGUGACGGUAUAUGGAAUGUAAUGAGUAGCCAGGAAGUUGUAGAUUUCAUCAGUGAGCGCAUCAACAAGCUGGAUGAGAACGGAGACUUGAGGUUGCUGUCAUCCAUAUCUGAAGAGCUCCUGGAUCAGUGUUUGGCACCUGACACGUCAGGAGAUGGUACUGGAUGUGACAACAUGACUUGUAUUAUCAUCACUUUUAAACCACGGCCUGUGAAAAUCCAGGCUGAUUGCAGCAAGCGAAAACGUCCCGACUCGACAGACGAGAGAGAAAAUGGGAAGAAAGCGAAAAAUGAAUAACAGCGUACCCAAGGAGGUGGGGGUGGUUGGGAUGCAACUGAGACCCGACGUCAUUGUGUAAUUAAAGAACUUGAGAUCUUUUUUUUAAAAAAAUAUAGCAAGAGAUUGCUGAAAAUUGUAUAAAAAUAAAUCUGGAGUAUUGUACAAUGUAGCCUUAGUUUGCCACCCUAGGUUACUGUGUGCCUGAAGCACACACCCUUUAGCAGCAGUCAAUCCAGGAACCCUACAUUGUAGCACACUGGCUCUUGGAGACAAAAAGAAGUGGCUGUUUAUUGAGUUUGUUAUUGUGAGGGUUUUUUGGCGUCUGGAAAUGUCCAUUCCUUUUUUCUCAUAGGGUUUUUGAUACAGGAAGUACUUUGAUUCACUCCAAGAAGAAACACAAAGCUUCAGAAGCCAAACUGGAUGAUACUUAAUCAUUACAGGAAUCAGAAAUGAGGGCUCCUUUUUUUUUUGAAAAAGAAGUUUUAAGAAAAGGAGUGUGUGGGGGGUUUUGGGGUGGGGGGGUAGAGGGAGAUGUUGAAUAUGCAUCAACAUUGAGUUUGUUUCAAAAAUGAGCUGUUCAACUGAGUGCCAUUUGUCUAUGCUUGAAGAUGGAAAUAACGUGUCACAGUGUGAUCAUAGUCGCUGUUUUGUGCUAGCGAUCCUUUUGUGUUGAGAUGAGGAAGAGUUGGGAAAACAUUUGGGGCUUUGGAAUUUUUUCAAUGUUUCAAUUUUUAAAAAAAAUCAGGAGAACAUUAAAAUUUUGGAGGUAUAUGAAUUUGUAACCAUAAAGGCAAUGUUGAACUUCAAAGGGAUUUCAGCUCUCUUUUCACUUCCUUUGUAAAACUGCAUUCAUCUAAAUUAAUGUCAACAUCACCAUAGACAUCAAAAAGAUGAAGUCAUGAAGCUGCACUGCCUCGUGAAUGCUACAAUGGAGAGGAACUUUCAACCACUUUUAUAUAUUAAAAGAAAACCAUUUUUAA